AUGCCUAUACUUGGAGCAGACUUUUUGGCGUACUACAAUAUCAUUAUCGAUAUAAAGAAUUCUCGUCUACAUGACAACCUGACAUCACUGUCAUCUCCAGGAUGUGUCACAUUCUCUCGGAUACAAAGUGUCAAGUCUAUAUUUGGAGAUAGUGCAUACAAUAAAUUAUUAGCUGAUUUUCUAUCCAUCACCAGACCAUCAAGCUUGAGUCAAGAAAGCACACACAAAACAUUUCAUUAUAUCAGAACCACUCCAGGACCUCCAGUUUCUUCUAGACCACGGCGCCUCAAGCCAGAAUUACUUCGCGUAGCUAAAGAAGAAUUUAAGAAUAUGGUAGAAUUAGGCAUUGCAAGACCCUCCGAUAGUUCUUGGUCUUCACCUCUACAUCUGAAAGAGGAUUCGACGUGGCGUCCAUGCGGAGAUUAUCGGCUGCGCAACUCACGCACAAUUCCAGACAAAUAUCCUAUUUGUCAUAUGCUGUCUACGCCCAUAAUUUAA